UCCGGCGUCCGCCCGCCCGCCCCACGGCACGCACGGCGUAUGCAAAUCAGCGCGUGACGGCGGCGGGACACGCCCCUCUCCUGGCGGAGAUGGGGGCGUGGCUUGCGCGGGCCCCGCCCUCCUCCAGCACGCGGCGCGGCCGUUGCCGCCUGAGGGGAGCGAGGCGGCGCCUCGGGAGCAGCGCGCGCUCAACGGCACCAACGGCCCCGCCGCAACCCCUCAGCGGCCCCCGCACCACCUCAGGGGGCCCCUCAGCCCCCCAGCCGCGCAGGGCGACCCUGCGGAGCCAGCGCCGGUGCUCGGGAGGGACGCGAGGAGCCGAGCUCACCCCGGCGGGAAGGCGGCAGGCGGGCCGAGGGCCUCCCCCGGCAGGUGGCCAGUAGCUGUGACCGGAUUUUGCCCGAAAGCGCUCGGUUCCCACUCACAACUCAGCUGCCCCAGUGAUAAAGAAGUAAUAGAGAUCAUGGGGAAACUGGGCUUUGAGAAGGCUUGGAUUAAAGAGGAGCAACGAGAGCAGAAGGAUGAGGAAAAACUACCCAUGAAUGAAGAAGAAAUACAGAGGUACGUAGAAAAAUUACAGAGCUGCAUAGAAAAAAUGCAGAAGAAUGAAGAAGAAAUGCGAGAGAACAAAGAAAAAAUGAAGAAGAACGAAGAAAAGAUACAGGAGAUCGACGAAAAAAUACAGGAGAUCAAAGAAAAAAUACAGGAGAACGAAGUAAAAAUACAGGAGGACAAAGAAAAAAUACAGCAGAUCAAAGAAAAGAUACGGAACAAUGAAAUAAAAGUACAGAUGAACAAAGAAAAACAGGAAAAGAAAGAAAGAAUGCUGAAAAAUGUGGAAAAACUACAGAAAAAUGAAGUAAAAGCAGAGAACGAAAUAAAAAUGGAGUUCAUGGAUAAAGUACAGGCAAUCAAAGAAAAAAUAAGGAGGAACAAAUCAAAAAUACUGAAGGACGAAGAAGGAAUGCAAAUCAAAGAAGGAAUUAAGAACAAGGGAAAAGUACAGGAGCUAGACAAAAAAAUACAGGACCUCGACAAAAAAAUGCAGGAGCUUGAUGAAAAAAUGCAGGAGCUUGACGAAAAAAUACAGCAGCUCAAAGAAAAAAUACGGAACAAUGAAAUAAAAAUACAGACAAACAAAGAAAAAAUACAGGAAAAGAAAGAAAGAAGGCUGAAGAAUAUGGAAAAAAUACAGAAGAAUGAAGCAAAAACAGAGAAUGAAAUACAGGAGUUGAAGGAAAAAAUACAGGCAAUCAAAGAAAAAAUGAGGAGGAACAAAGAAAUGCAGAUCAAAGAAAAAACACAUCAGAUCAAAGGAAAGAUACAGGAGCUUGAUGAAAAUAUACAGGAGAAUGAAAUAAAAAUGCAGGAUGACAGAGAAGAAAUACAGCAGAUCAAAGAAAAGAUACAGAAGAAUGAAAUAAUAAUGCAGAUGAUCAAAGAAAAAAUACAGGAAAAUGAAGAAAGAAGGCUGAAGAUUGUGGAAAACAUACAGAAGAAUGAAGCAAAACCAGAGAAUGAAAUAAAAAUACAGGAGGACAAAAAUAAAAUACAGCAGAUCAAAGAAAAGUUACGGAAGAAUGAAAUAAAAUUAGAGAUGAUCAAAGAAAAAAUGCAGGAAGAGGAAGAAAGAAGGCUGAAGAGAGCUUGA